CUGAUAAGAGUCAGUGGCGACGUAGAUAUGCAAGGCGUCAGUCAAAUAAGCAACACAGCUAUUUGAACCUCAAUCAUAAGAUUGCAUAUUUUGUAAACAUGUCGUUCUCUCUCGUGUUGGCUUCACUUAUUAUAAUUAAUGGAUUUUCGCAUGCUUUCUUAAUCAACGAAGGGGAUGCAAAUGAAAUUAUGUCGGAGGUAGCACUAUUACGGGAAGAAAUUGCUAAGCUGACUACCCAGGUGAAGUCGUCCUGUGGAUGCGCUACGUCCCCUGGGUCUCGUUGCCCUGAUGGAUGGACCAUGUUUUCAGGUUCUUGUUACUAUUUCGGUGUUGUCCCAAAGUCAUGGCAGGACUCGGAAGUAGCAUGUGAACGACUUGGCGGCCAUCUUGCAACUGUCCAUUCUACAGAGGAGGAACAAUUCAUACUAGAUUAUGUUAAACGUGAAAGGAAAGCUUUGGUAGACAUGUCGCAUGGCUACACGUGGAUCGGUGGACAUGAUUUCCUACAAGAAAGCAACUGGAUGUGGAUAACGGAUGAAGUUUUCAAUUUUACGAACUGGAGGGCGGGAAACCCGAACAAUGGAGGAGCCGCCCUCAAUGAAGAUUGCCUUGACGUCAGUGGAGACGGUUGGAAUGAUAAUAAGUGCUCCAAUAGACUGAACUAUGUCUGUGAACGGAACCCAUUAAAAAUGUCAUUUAGAAUAAUUUUGACUUUGCUUUUUACAUUUGAUGGAUUUUCCGGUGGUUUCCUUAUCAACCCAGGGGACGGAAACGAAAUUCUUGCGGAAGUUUCACAAUUACGAGAAAUGCUCACACUAUUAACCGCCCAGGUGAAGUCGUCCUGUGGAUGCGCUACGUCCCCUGGGUCUCGUUGCCCUGAUGGAUGGACCAUGUUUUCAGGUUCUUGUUACUAUUUCGGUGUUGUCCCAAAGUCAUGGCAGGACUCGGAAGUAGCAUGUGAACGACUUGGCGGCCAUCUUGCGACUGUCCAUUCUACAGAGGAGGAACAAUUCAUACUAGAUUAUGCUAAACGCGAGAAGAAAGCUUUGGUAGACAUGUCGCAUGGCUAUACGUGGAUCGGUGGACACGAUUUCCUACAAGAAAGCAACUGGAUGUGGAUAACGGAUGAAGUUUUCAAUUUUACGAACUGGAGGGCGGGAAACCCGAGCAAUGGAAACGGAAACGAGGAUUGCCUUGACCUUAGUUUUGAUGGAUGGAACGAUAACACUUGUUCCAACAUCCUGAACUACAUCUGUGAACGAAACAUGUUUUAACUGCGCGGGAUAUGUGAGCGGGAUUUUACCGUUUAUGUAAGACAUACAUGUACAAUAUCUUAUACAUAGA